AUGUCAAGAACAAGACAAUCAUCGUCAUCGUCAGCAUCGUGCCUCCUUCCAUCUUAUUCCACAGUACUCUUGCUGAUACUCCUCAUCCAAACAUGCCACAUUCCAUCCGUUUCUGCCAAAGACCUUUUGAUUGAAUUCUGGUCCCCCACCUUGGACCAUGAACCGCUGCCAGAACAAUUUGUCACCGCCGGUGACACAGUCACGUUCAAGGUCUAUGGCCCGCAUACGGUCUUUAUUCAUCCCUCUCUAUCCUGUGAUCCGAGUAAUCGCAACGAACUGGUUCCCAAACAAAAUAGUAAUAGCGUGACCUAUACCUUUCAAGAAAACGACAGUGAUUUCUUUGGGAAUGAAAUGCUCUUCGUCUGUGAUGCAGGAAGUCACUGUGAGCAGGGUCAGCAAGCUCGCUUUCGAGUCUUUCCUACUCCACAGCCACCCUCGCCAGCACCAUCAUCCUUCUUGACGAGACCGACGACGAGCGUCAACAAACCAGAAGACGACCUUGCUGCUGCUUUACCAGGAGUGCCCAUUGAAUCCAACACUGCAGAUGGGACUGCUGGUGCUCGCACCACCAACAAUGAAGAUGCCGCGACGACUGCUGAGGAACAAAGCAGUGCUUUUGGCAUUAUUAUCGCCACCCGCAAGUCAUUAUUCGUCGCAGUGCUUGUGACAACAAUGGUCAGUCUAAUACUGUGA